AUGUUAAAAUUUAUGUGUGAGGGAAGUAAGGCCCAGAGGCCUCGGUUUCCAGUUCCUCCAGCACCGCUGACCCCUGUGCCUCGGCGGUACCGAAAACUCGAGUUGUCCGAGAGGCUGUCUUGGCCUCGUCCAGGCUCACGUGAAUGGCGGGGACCAGGCGAAGGGAUGGGUGAGGCUGCCCUGGGUCAGCCCCUGCGGGGACUCAGAGCCAUCCCCACUGCCUGUCUGCCGUCGGCACCCUUGGGCAGACAAUCCCCGGGGAGAGGCCCACACCCGCAGAGUGCCGAGUGGGUGCUGCUGACGGCAUCAGGCAUGGUCCUGAUGCCCUCGGCGUUGCAGGAAGCUACGGGCGCCUUGGGAGGAGCUGGUUCUUAG